ACACUGCCGCCACGUCACUGCACCGCCGCCGGGACAGCUUGCUUCCCCACUGCCUCGCGCCGCCUAGAGCUCGUCCUCCCCGCCGCCGGCGGCAGUCGCUCGCUCGCCCGCUCGCCAGGAACCCCAUCUCCCGCCGGCCGCCGCACCGUUCUCCGCCGAGGAAAGCAGCAGGCAGCAGCAGCCAAAGCGGAACAGCGCGGGCCGAGGAAGGGGUAGGUGAGGGGGGAGAUGGCCGGCGCCGGGAGGAAGGUGGCGGUCGCCGCCGUGCAGUUCGCCUGCACCGACACGGUGGCCGACAACGUCGCCGCCGCCGAGAGGUUGAUUAGAGAAGCUCAUAAGAAAGGCGCAAACAUUGUCCUCAUUCAGGAGCUAUUUGAGGGGCACUAUUUCUGUCAAGCUCAAAGGAUGGAUUUCUUUGGGCGUGCCAAGCCUUAUAAAGAGAACCCGACUAUAAUGAGAAUGCAAAAACUUGCAAAGGAGUUGGAUGUUGUAAUACCUGUAAGUUUCUUUGAAGAAGCGGGCAAUGCUCAUUACAAUUCCGUGGCCAUUAUUGAUGCUGAUGGCACCGAUCUUGGCCUAUACCGCAAAUCACACAUUCCAGAUGGACCAGGUUAUCAAGAGAAAUUUUAUUUCAACCCGGGUGACACUGGAUUCAAGGCUUUCAAAACCAAGUAUGCAACAAUUGGUGUUGGAAUUUGCUGGGAUCAGUGGUUUCCAGAGACCGCAAGGGCUAUGGUGCUACAGGGGGCGGAAAUAUUGUUCUAUCCCACUGCUAUUGGUUCUGAACCCCAGGAUAUGAACCUGGAUUCCCGUGAACACUGGAAGCGUGUCAUGCAAGGCCACGCCGGCGCUAACUUGGUUCCUCUUGUUGCUUCUAACCGGAUAGGUAAGGAAACUGUUGAGACUGAGCAUGGCAACAGCACCAUAAAGUUCUAUGGGAACUCAUUCAUCGCAGGGCCAACUGGAGAAAUUGUGAAGCUUGCAAAUGACAAAGACGAGGAGGUGCUCGUCGCGGAGUUUGACUUGGACGAGAUCAAAUCUACGAGGCACGGCUGGGGUAUAUUCAGGGACAGGCGUCCUGAUCUAUACAAAGUGCUACUGACGUUGGAUGGCAAGACAUCAUCAUCCUAGGUGGAUCAUAAUUUGCAGAAUCAGCAUCUUUGACGAUAAUAACUCAAAACUUAUAUUAAACCAAGACCCUCUUCGGUUGUGUUGGUUCUUCUCU